GCAGCCGGGAAGCUGGACUGGAGCCUGGUGGGUCCAGGAUUCUCUAAGAGGUUCUUCUAGAAACAGACCCCUCAGAUACUUCACUUCAGGACCGAGCACUCGAUAACUAGAGCCACCUGGAGGCCAGCUCUGGGGAUGCACAGCCCAGCCAUGAGGAAGAGCCGGCCCAGCUGGCCCAAGUGUGGCCUUGCCACAGCCCCUGGUGAGAGUCAAGGGCUUGGUGGGCACAGCACUGCUCUAGCCAGGGCCCAGGGACAAGGCCUUGUCAGCGGGUGUUUAGGGGGAACCCACUGUGCCGCAAUGGUGGUGGGAAUGCCCAGGACACAGGUGAUGGAGCAGUACAUGAGCCAGGGCUGCAGGGAGCAGGAGCAAUGCAGCCAGGGCGCAAAGCUCCGUAAUGUAGAGCAAGCCCCGCAUAAUGCAGUUUGCAAACUGUCCGAGAGGCUUUCUGGGAAAAACAAUAGGUGGCAUGAAAGAGCCAGGAGAAGUGAGGCAGAGCUCUAUGCCCAGGAACAUCACCAGCCCACCUGCCCUAGCAAGGGCCGGAAGUACCUCUGGUCUGAGCAAGGUCAAGGUUCACAGAAAAACAGCAAAAAGAACAAGCAGAGCCUUGCAGCGAGAGCCCUUUUCUGUGCGGGUGCAGCUGCUGCUGGGAGCGGCCUGCGCGGAGGGCCUGGCCCGUGCUCUGCAGCAGGAAGCUGUCCUGCAGCCGGUCAGGGAGCACGGGCUACAGUGCGGGCCUCAGCAUCCCUCCCAGACCUCAUGCACCCACUCCAUCUCCUCCCUGGCUGGCUGGGUGCUCGCAGCCAAAGGGCAGGCCCUGCACCUCCCCCUCACCCUGGGGCUUUGCACUUGCUCCAUUUCAGCGCUGGUUGGGUCACGGAUUCCCCAAGCAGUUCUUCAGCAUGUGCCCCAGCUCAGUCGAGUCACCCUGUUACUGGCAAGAGCCCCGUUGCACUUGGCCCCCACUGGUCCCUUCUGAGUAGAGAUCUAGCUGGUACAUCAAUGCCCUGCACCUCCAGCUGGGGAACAGCUUGGGUGUGUCAUCCCAGGGAGCAGACUUUUAGGCAAGCUGGCAUCGCCUCAGCUGGGGCCCACCGCCCUCCCACUACACCUCCCAGCGGGCCAGGUGGCCUGCAGCUGAGCCUCCUGAUCUUCAUGCUCUACCAGGCACCGUUCUUCUGAUGGCAACUGACAGUGGAUCUCAGAGCACAGGACUGGCCUGCAGGGAGCACACACGGGCCUCAUCUGAGUGUGCUCCAGCCUCAUGCAGAGCACAAGGCAUGUCUGCAGGUGUCCCGGAGCGUUCCCCUCACCAGCAAUGGCCAUCAGCAUGGAAGAGAGUGUGUUUAGUGAAAGGACCUCAGCCAGCCAUGCAAAGACUAUUGAGUUAUCACAAGAUCCAGGAUCAGAACUGUAGACUUUGUAAC